AUGGAAUUUUACUCUGUAUAUCGCAUAUUUCUUGUUGUAUUCUAUGCUGCUCUAUCCGUUGGACGAAGCACUGGGAUGAUACCAGACUAUUCCAGGGGUAAAGCUGCCGCUCUUCGAAUAAUGGAAUUGAAUAAACGAGAGUCGGCGAUUGAUCCAAAUGAUGAUGACGGAGUUACACUAGCAAAAGUACAUGGUAAUCUUGAAUUCAAAGAUGUUCAAUUCCGUUAUCCAGCAAGACCGACACUUCGAAUCUUAAAACACUUUUCACUUGCAUGUGUGACGAAUGGCACUACAGCCCUUGUUGGUCCGUCCGGGAAUGGAAAGAGUACAUGUGUAGCUCUUCUUGAAAGAUUUUAUGAUACAACUAGCGGCUCUAUCCUGUUAGAUGGCCACGAUAUCAGACUCUUGAAUCUUCGUUGGUAUCGCUCGAUAAUCGGUUUAGUUCAACAAGAACCAGUUUUGUUUGAUUUUUCCAUUCGAGAAAAUAUUGCUUAUGGAAGCUGUCCGAAAGCAGUAACCCAAGAAGAAAUUGAAGCUGCGGCCCAAAUGUCAAAUAUUCAUGAUUUCAUCAAAUCUUUACCACAAGGCUAUGACACUAUCUGUGGGGCACGAGGAAACCAGAUGAGUGGAGGUCAGAAGCAAAGAAUUGCAAUUGCAAGAGCUCUUGUAAGAAACCCAAAAAUUCUUCUGAUGGACGAAGCUACUGCUGCACUCGACAAUAAAAGUGAACAAAUUGUUCAACAAGCGCUUGAACAAGCUCAAACUGGAAGAACAUGUUUAUCGAUCGCCCAUCGUUUGACCACGAUUCGAAAUAGUGAAAAAAUUGCCGUCGUUGUUCACGGUAGACUUAGCGAAGAGCCGACUGUAGCCUCACGUUCAAUACAUAAUAUUACUAUUUGUUCCCUUGAUCGGAAGUCUUGGGUCAUACAAACGAAAUGCAUAACCCAAAGUCUUAUAGAAAUAUGGCUAGGACCCGAAGGUGCGGAAGGAAUUUACGCUAGGGCCGAAAGUACGGCGGAAAGUUAG